AUGAUUAUUCCUAGAGGUAGACAUGAGUAUCCUGGCUACAUAGAUGCUUAUUUGAGGCUUGCUGCGAGUGCGAAAGCUCAGAACAAUCUUCCUCUAGCCAUUGAACUGGUGAAUGAAGCUCUAAAGGUGGACGAUAAAAAUCCCAAUGCUUUGUCUCUGCUUGGUGAAUUGGAGCUUAAGAAUGAUGACUGGGUUAAGGCAAAAGAAACGUUUCGAGCUGCUAAUGAUGCGACUGAUGGGAAAGAUUCAUAUGCUAUUCUUUCUCUGGGGAACUGGAACUACUUUGCGGCUAUGCGCAAUGAGAAAAGAAAUCCGAAAUUAGAAGCUACCCAUCUGGAGAAGGCCAAAGAACUUUAUACUAAAGUCCUGACCCAACAUAAUUCCAACAUGUAUGCGGCCAACGGCUCUGGCAUUAUAUUGGCAGAGAAAGGCCAAUUUGAUAUUGCCAAGGAUCUUUUUACUCAGGUUCAAGAAGCUGCAAGCGGAAGUGUGUUUCGCCAGAUGCCUGAUGUAUGGGUGAAUCUGGCUCAUGUGUACUUUGCUCAAGGGAAUUUUGCCUUAGCCGUGAAAAUGUAUCAAAACUGCUUUGCGGAAGUUCUUUUACAACACAGACUCUCAAAUUCUUCUUUACUUGGCUCAUUUGAUUUGGGUGCUGUAAUGCAGAAAUCAUCGUCUUCCACACUACAAAAGAAAAAGAGAACAGCUGAUGAGGUGCGCUCAACAGUUACGGAAGCGGAGAAUGCUGUUCGUGUAUUUACUCAGUUGUCUGGUGCUUCAGACCUCCAUGUUCAUGGGUUCGAUAGUAAGAAAAUACAAACUCAUGUUCAGUAUUGCACACACUUGUUGGAGGGAGCAAAAGUUCACCGUGAAGCAGCUGAGCGUGAGGAACUGCAGAACCGGCAGAGACUAGAAGUUGCCCGUCAGGCUGCCUUGGCAGAGGAAGCACGCCGUAAAGCUGAAGAACAUAGAAAAUAUCAGCUGGAGAAAAGAAAACAGGAAGACGAGCUAAGACGCCUCAAGCAAGAAGAAGAAAAAAUUCAACGUAUAAAGGAUGACAUGCUGAUAUUGUUCUGUAAUUUUGAAUGCCCUAGGAACAAUGGAAGAGCAACACACAUGGAUCUCAUAAGCGUAAGGAUAGAGCUGAAGAUGAUGAUGGGGAAGGUAGACCCAGUGAGCGGAAAAGAAAGAAAGGUACCUGCUUCAGUUGUGAGACGAAGAAGGGCGCUUUCGUCUUCAGAUGAAGAAGGUGAAUUGAUGGAGGGUCAGGCAAAUUCUAGCCCCCAGAGAGAGAAUUCUCCAGUAAGGCAAGAAGAGAGCAAUGUGGAAGAAGAAGAUGCUAAUUUGGAGGACGACGAAGAGGCAAAUUGAAAUUCUUCAUACAUAACAGAUCUUUCUGUGUUGUAACUUUUAGUGAUAAAUUCCAUUGAUGGUCUUUAUUCAAUUUUCAUAGGAGUUAGGGUGUGAGGACAAAUUACACUCAGGCCAAUGAUCAGUUUGAAUCUUG